CUCAGCUGGUGGUGGCGGUGGCGGUGGUGGAGGAGUCAACGAUGCUUUCAAAGAUGCGCUGCAGCGAGCCCGGCAGAUUGCAGCAAAAAUUGGAGGUGAUGCUGGCACAUCACUGAAUUCAAAUGACUAUGGUUAUGGGGGACAAAAAAGACCUUUGGAAGAUGGAGAUCAACCAGAUGCUAAGAAAGUUGCUCCUCAAAAUGACUCUUUUGGAACACAGUUACCACCGAUGCAUCAACAGCAGAGGUCUGUAAUGACAGAAGAAUACAAAGUUCCAGAUGGAAUGGUUGGAUUCAUAAUUGGCCGAGGAGGUGAACAGAUCUCACGCAUACAACAGGAAUCUGGAUGCAAAAUACAGAUAGCUCCUGACAGUGGUGGCCUUCCAGAAAGAUCUUGUAUGUUAACUGGAACACCUGAGUCUGUCCAAUCAGCAAAACGCUUACUGAACCAGAUUGUUGAAAAAGGAAGACCAGCUCCUGGCUUUCAUCAUGGUGAUGGACCAGGAAAUGCAGUUCAAGAAAUAAUGAUUCCAGCUAGCAAGGCAGGAUUAGUUAUUGGGAAGGGAGGAGAAAUUAUUAAACAACUUCAGGAGCGGGCUGGAGUUAAAAUGGUCAUGAUUCAAGAUGGGCCUCAAAACACAGGUGCUGACAAACCUCUUAGGAUUACUGGAGACCCAUACAAAGUUCAACAAGCCAAGGAGAUGGUGUUAGAGUUAAUUCGUGAUCAAGGUGGUUUCAGAGAAGUUCGAAAUGAGUAUGGGUCAAGAAUAGGAGGAAAUGAAGGAAUAGAUGUACCCAUGUCGAUUCAUUCACUGUAGAUACUUCUGGGUGUUCUUUGGCUUGUACAUGAUCCUUACAUG